CUUUUUCCAAAGCCACUCGUGUUCACAGGCUUGGCAGCAUGUUCCGGCCCCCCAGUCUCAGCCUCGUAGCCUGCUCUAUCAUGUUAAAGGCUUUGCUGUUGCCAGAUAUUGUGAUGGCCUAAUCCAUAUUGGCAUAGCCUUGCUGUAAUCCAGAUCCGCAAACAUGGGCAACAGCUUUGGCUUUCUGAGAGGCGAAAGUGGAAGCGGAUUUCAAUUCAACGUGGUUGAGGCCUGCAGGGCUGAGGAUGUGGACCUCACUCGGGCUUGUAGCCUGACGUUCGAUGCGGAUCAUGACCUAGUCUCCAUUGGCAAUGUUACGAGGGGGAGAAUGGCGCCGCAGCCUGGCAUAGCUGGCAUUGGAAUAUGGAUCGCGAUGGUACUGUUCUUCGCUGUUGUCGCAAUCUCCUUGAUCUUCGUCUUUAUCGAGCUCUGGUUCAGGGCAGACGUCUCUCAAUUCGGCAGCGCCUUCGCGAGCUUCAGAGACAAACCCAAUAACAAGACUCCCGAGAAUCCGAAUGCGGAUCCGACAUGGAAAGAAAGAGUGCGCGCAGCUGGCCGAACAUUCGUCUUGGGUGUUGCAGACACCCAGACCAUCUUCGUCGGAGCUUUCCUCCUCGGUUUCGCUGGCCGGAGCAAGUGUAAACUGACAAGCUAUCAUUUUACGGUUGCCGUCAGUCAGAUGAUGAUCGCGCUGUCUGUUCUCACUUUCUCCAUCGCGCUGGUACGGACGUACUGGCGAAACCCACUUGCAGCCGCUUUCCGACUGCUCCUUUCGGUUGGGGCCUUCAUUGGUGUCGGGCUGACCAUCUUCAGAGAAGCUAAUUAUGCCCCGUAUGGCGCGCUUACACAUUCGAACAAAGACAGCGCUAUUCUGCUUCCAGUAGCGUGUAUGCUGGAGAUGGACCUGCGAUCAGCAGCAGAAGAGCAAGCGCGCCAGAACCAGGCCGAGCUCGGUUUCGGAAACGCAACAGCAUGGCCACCAGAAAGAUUUAUGUACAUCGUCCUCGGUGCCGCUUUCAUCGCUGCGCAUAUCUCAGUUCCCAUCCGUUUUGCCGAAUCCAAAGACCGCGCACCCAGAGUCUGGACAGAGAAGCGUGCAUUUGUUACUCUGAUCUACUGGAUUUUGGUGUUGCUCACACCGAUCGUGACGUCGACGUUCUGCUGGUUCCGCGUCUAUACAAUGCGCGAGUGGGUGGCUGAUUCGGGUUGGAUGGAGGAUCCCAACACUGAGAUGAUUGUGUGGGACUCGGGGCAGUUGAUUGCGAUGGGCGUGCUCGUUACGGUUAUCAUGAACGUACUUACUGAAGCAAAGGAAAGGGAGAAGAAAGACGCGAAGAAAAAUGACGACACGGGAGGAGAGGCGGGAGUGGAGUUGCUGCCGACCGCGUAUCGUGGGUAUGAGUAUUAGUGUGGCUAUGUGCCUGAUAGGUCCUCUCACGCGUCCAGACAAUGGUAGAGUACAGCGAGCGGAUUGUAGCCAAAUAUCGCGAUGGCAUAACCGAUAAUGGAGCUCUCCCAGCUUCGUAUCGAUUUUAAUGCGUCGUUAGAAGUAAAUCUCGUUUGCGCAUGAACUGUGACAUUGUAUUGAUGAUGUCGUUGG